AUGGGGGCACAAAACUCAUGUGCAUCUGCUUGCACCUCAGGGGACAAGGACAGCCAGCUGAUUUUCGACCUUCAAAGCGAGACGAGCCCCGUCUUCCAGCUCCCCUGGGACCCCCUCGACGUCCUCAGUGAGGAUAUUUUUGAUGACAAGGUGAUGGCUGAGAAACUCCCCGGCGCCGUGUGUGGGCGCUUCAAGGAGUGCCUCAUCACCGGGGCACCCUGCAGCGAAGAGGACAUGAAGACGAUUGCAGACUGCCUCUUUGCUUGGGCACGUGAGCGUGGAGCCAUCGACUUCUCCCAUUGGUUCUUCCCCAUGCGCGGCGGUGGAGGCGCGGUGGGUGGCAUGCUGGGCGCCUACAAGCAGGAUACUCUGCUGGACCUGGACUUCUCCUCUAAGUUCACCACCAAGCCCAUGAAGGCCUGCCUGCCAGCGGACCGACUCUUUCAAGGGGAGACGGACGGCUCCAGCUUCCCCAACGGCGGCCUGCGUGUGACGCACAGCGCCGCCGCCUUCACCACCUGGGACCGAUCCUCGCCGCCCUUCGUGCUGAACAAGACGCUCUACAUCCCUUGCGCCUUUGUCACCCACUUUGGGAAGUGCAUUGACGAGAAGACGCCCUUGUUGCGAUCCAUGGACGCAGUGAAGCGCGAGGGCUUGAGGCUACUCAAGGCCACCGGCUUGGGCAAAGAUGCCAAGACCAUUUACAGCUACCUUGGUUGGGAGCAAGAGUUCUUCGUGAUCAAAGCGGAGCACUACAAGGCAAGGCCAGACCUGGUGAACACUGGCCGCACCUUGUUCGGCAAGCUGCCCACGCGACACCAGCAGGGCGACUUGAACUACUUCGCCCCGGUGCCGGGCACCGUCCAGCUUUUGCUGGACCGAGUGCAGGGAGUGAUGCUGAAGAUCGGAUGCCCAAUGGCGGUGAAGCACAACGAGGUGGCCCCCGGGCAGCAUGAGAUGUCUCCCGUCUUCCGUGUGGCCAACGUGUCCUGCGACAGCAACGUCCUCUUCAUGGAGGUGAUGAACCGAGAGGCGCAGAGGCUAGGUUUGCAAGUGCUCUUCCACGAGAAGCCUUUUUCCGGGAUCAACGGUAGCGGAAAGCAUGCCAACUGGUCCGUGGGCACGGAUACUGGAUUGAACUUCUUCUACCCCGGUAAGACUGAGGAGGGUGCCAAGCUCUUUGUGACGGGCAUCGCUUGCUUAGCCCAUGGCCUCAGGCAGUACAAUGAGCUGGUGCGGUGCUCUGUCGCCACUGCAGGCAACGACCAUCGGCUGGGAGCGCAGGAGGCACCGCCAGCAAUUAUCUCUCUUUAUCCCGGCCAAGGCUUUGAGAAGUAUGUGGACAGUGUCAUCAAUGGAGGAGAUUUGUUGGGCUACAAGGCUGAGAAGAAGAAGCAGGCCACCGGCUGUUCUCAGGCGGAUCCCAUCGAAGCCAAUGUGGAAGAUCGCAAUCGCACCGCGCCCUUCCCCUUCUGCGGCAAUCGCUUCGAGUUCCGCGCCGUUGGCUCCUCCCAGAACUGCAAUUUGCCCGUCAUGGUGUGCAACGCCAUCAUGGCCUCGGGCAUGUCUUACCUGGCCGACUUGAUGGAGAAGGGACUCUCCCAUCGCGAUGCGGUGGCCCAGCUCUUCAAGGAGAACCGGCAUGUGGUCUUCACGGGGAAUGGCUAUGCAGCGGAGUGGAGGCAAGAAGCGGCGAAGCGAGGCUUGCCCAAUUUGAACACGACGCCCAAAGCUUUGGCCACUUGGAGCUCCGAGAAAAACCAGGCGCUCUUCGAGAAGCUUGGAAUCUACACGAAAGAAGAGACCUUGGCGAGACAAGAGGUGAUGUAUGAGAACUAUGUCACCUCUUUGAAGAUAGAGGCUGACACGAUGAUCCAGAUGGUGGAGACCUCCAUCUGGCCCGCCUGCGUCAAGGACUUGAAGGUGAUGAAGAUGUACUCCUCCAAGGCUGAGGUGCUCGUGGCAGCACCUGAGGCAACCAAGAAGGGAGGCUGGGCGCCCUGUGGGACAGCACCUGAGUCAAAGAACGGCAACCAGGAGCCCAAGAAGACCUCCGGAACUCGGCGGGAUGCCUACGAAGCGAUCAUGACAGAGACUGAGCAAUUGAAGAGCUUGCUGCAGCAACUUCCAGAAGCCCUGGCUGAGGAGGCGACCUUUCUGUGCGACGUGGUGAAGCCCCAAAUGGAGCGGCUGCGCUUGGCGGUGGACACCGCGGAAGGCGUCAUGGAUGCGGAGCUCUAUCCUUAUCCAAGCUACGAGACGAUGCUCUACUCGCAUCAUUUUGAGCCGAUGCCCCGGCGGAAGUAG